UGGUUCAGAUCAUGGCUUUGCUGCUAUUACUCUUCGUGUCAAGCGUGAGCGGCGAGGAAGUGUCCACCCCAGCCAGUCUCCUCGGUCCAAGGAACUUCAACCAUCACGCUUACAACACUGGAUACUUGCAGGCGUUGAAAGCGCCCGACCCAACGAAACAAGGGCCAAUUCUGUUCCCUAACGAUGGCCCUCCACCACCGCGGCCUCCCCUCAUUGUGACGUCACGACCCCUCAUCGAGUCACUGGCCAGAAGCGAGCUGAAUAACUCCAUAGCGGAACAGAGCCAAAUACGGGGGAUUUACAAGCCCAUAUACUUGUCCAGGGAGAAGAAUUACAAACCAUAUAAUUUCCCCAUACCCACCAUAGUGCCGGCUACCUACGACGACAGCUCCAUACCAUAUGAUGUUUUGAAGAAAAUCAACGAAUAUGGAGACAAAAACUAUAACAAUUAUCAGGGUCAACCCACGCUACCGCCAAUUUAUAAAGUUUUAUCAGAUCAUGCUCAGCAAAAAGUGCUGGAUACACAACAUAAAACGAGGUUGCAGCAAUAUCAUCACGAGGUCAAACAGCCGAACUAUUCCUUUAAAAAUCGGGACACUGACGAUGAAUACCAUGAUAAUUCAGAUGCGGUAAAAAACUAUGCUUUUUCCUAUACCGUGAAGGAUCAAAAAACAGGAGAUGACUUCUCACAUUCCCAGCACAGUUCAGGCUCGGCUACUAACGGAGAAUACAGGGUACGACUCCCAGAUGGUAGAAUGCAAAUAGUUUCAUAUACAGCUGAUGAAAACGGCUACAAAGCUGAUGUACGAUACGACGAUGAUGAUAAAACAGUUGGUAAUGGUGUUGACCAUCAUUAUAAUGAUAAACAAGAUUAUAAUAAUAAAUACAAUAAUGUAUAUAAUGAUAAAUACAAUCAUGAUAUUAGUAAUGACGAUUACAAUAACAAAUAUAAACAUAACGACAAAUACAGUCAUAAAUAUAAAUACAAACAUAGUCACAAUUAUAAAAAUAAUGACAAUUUUAAUGAUGUUAAUCGUAACAAUUAUAUUAAUGAACAUUAUAAAGUUGAUGACAAUGAAAAAUAUAAAACCCCCACCAAUGAUUAUUACAAUGAAUAUCCGGACGCUUCGAAAGAUUAUUACAAUAAUGAUUUCUCAACUGAAUACGAAAGCAAAAACUAUGAUUACGAACCCCAUAAAAGUAAAUACGCCUCUUUCAAUAACGACAAAGUUUCCAAUUUAGAACCUAUUGUAGUACCUGAUUAUAAAAAAUAUAGCGCACCAACCACGGUCAGACCUAGUUUCGAUGAGUUGAAAGGACUAUUUUUGAAUAAAAAUAUUUACAGUACAGUACAGCCGUCUAUAGAUUAUCAAAGUAAAUUUAAUAAAACGUACAAUUUCGAACCUAUUGUAGUUCCAGAUUAUAAGAAAUAUAGUGCAUCGACUACAGUCAGACCUAGUUAUGAUGAGUUAAAAGACAUAUUUUUAAAUAAAAACAUCUAUAGCACAGUACAGCCAUCUGUUGACUAUCAGAGUCAAGUGCCUUUCGAAAUUAAAGCACCAUCGACGACUCCAAAUCCGUACGAUGAAACGACAGAACAUGUAGUCAUAAUAGGUACAACGAAACCUACUCUUUAUACAAAUAUUAAAAACAGCGUGCCUGUUACGAUUUCUCCUUUACCUAUAUUCACAACAGCUAGCAAUUUCCUAUCAUCGACACCAAAAACUUACUUAGUAUCAACAUUAUCACAUUUGAGAGAUAAAAUCACAUCGAUUACACAAAAACCUAUAUUGUCUGAUAGUUUUAUUAAUAGAAUAAAUAAAUAUUUAAAUUUUAAUUAAACAUUUCCAUGUAAUUCUUCUGAUUUAUUUGGGGGUAACUGCAUACACUCUACAAGCGUUACGCAAUAUAUCUUUUAAAUGAAACCUCAUAGAUUCAGUUCCUGGUAGGAUCAAUUUAGGAAAGUUUCCCGAUACUGCUUUUAUAUUUUGGGUUGUGAUUCCAGGACAUACAUUGUCUGAUUUCUGAUUUUGUUUCUUUUAUUUAUGUCAAAGCUAUGAGUUAAUACUUGCCUACAGCUUUGUCUAUAGUAGUUAGGUUGCGAGAUGGCCUUUUUGAAAUUCGAGUUUUUUAGUACUCAUUAAAAUAAAUGAUUAAAUGAUUAGAUUCGAGUCUCAUGUAGGGUUGCCAACCGUACUAUAAUAUAUAAUAUAAUAUCAUAUUUCAGUAGUUUACAGAAAGGAUAUUUUUAAUUACGAAUCUGAAAAGCAAUACGAAAGAAACAAAGCAAGUAUCUCGCUCUAUCCUAACAUAUGUAGGAAUAAUCUACUGAUAUAUAUUAAUUUAAAUGUUGAAUGCGACUAAGCGUUUGAUACUUUUUUUAUGAACAAAAAAUUGUCAAAGGACGCAAGAAGUGCAAAACAAUGUAGGUUUUAUAAAAACAUACCUAUAGGUAACAAACAUACUAUUGUUUUUUAAAUCUUUUCGAAAAAUGCUAUAUUUCCUUUAGUGCAUAUUUUGUAAAAUAAUACAGCCAGAGGGAGACUUUGUACAAAAGUCAUUUGCUUGGGCACUUCUGUCACAUUCUUGUUUGUACUGUGAAACAGUUGUGUUUGCAUGGCUGUGUUUCGGUUUGAAGGGUGGGAUAUGGCAGUGAAUUUACAGAGUACAAAGGAAUAACAUCUAAGUCCUGAACGGCAACGCAUGGGGGUAUCAUGGGCGAAACAGUAUACUCUGUUAUGUCCAUGAUACUGCUCAUGUCUAUGGACGACGGUUACCACGUUCCAUCAGGUGGGCCGUCAGCUUAUUUUCCAUUAUAAUUUGUAUAAAAAAAAAAUAAUAAUCAGCCGAUAAAAUGUUGGCAACCCUAAUCUCAGGACUCGGACAAGUACACACGAUUGCGGUACCUGAUUGGGUGCUUAGAGACGUUUAUCAACAAUUACAAUAAAC